AUGAGUGACGAUGAGUCAUUUGAUUCAUUUUAUGGAAGACUCAAUGAGAUUGUUAUUUCCAAGCUCAAUCUCAGAGAGAAGAUUGAAGACGCCAAAGUGGUGAGGAAAGUCUUGAGAUCCUUGCUCGAAAGCUUCCAGACUAAGGUCAUCGCCAUUGAGGAGAGGAAGUUGUUUGGCAAAGGGAAGUUCUCAUCCCCCAAAAAUGACAAAAGAGACUUCAAGAAGAAGGAUUGGAAAGACUCAUCAUCAUCCCAAGGAAUUGUGUGCUGUGAAUGCAAUGGCCAUGGGCAUCUAAAGAAAGAGUGUCUAAACUAUUUGAGAGGAAAGGGAAAAGUGCUAACAACUUCCCUUAGUGACUCAAAGAGCUCAAAUUCCGAUGCGGAAGGAGAAUAUGAUAGUGAUGGAAACUAUUCAUCAUUUAUGGCGAUUACCACGGUUGAUUCUAGAGAUGAAUUAAGUGAUUUGGUUGAAGAACUUGGUGUACAUUCUAAAGGUGAAGAGAUUGAAGUUUCUGAUGAUGAUGAUGUGUACCUCAAUGAGGGUGAUAAGAAUCUUCAAGAAGUAUACAAUGCAUUACUUGAAAAUUGUGGCAAGUAUGCUAAGGUUGCCAAGAGUGCAGUUAAAAAGAUGAAGAAAAUUGAAGAAGACCACAAAUCCAUUCUUGUACAACUUAAGGAUGCUAAGUGUGAAGUUGAAGAGCUGAAGGAAGAGUUGCUGAAUGCCUACUCCAAAAUCAAGUUUCUCGAACUUGAAGUAAUUCAAGCAAAUGUCAAAGUGGAAUGCAUCACUACCAAGAAACUUGACAGCGUGCUCUCAUCUCAAAAGCCUUCCAAGGACAAGACCAUUUUGGGCUACACCAAUGAAGGAAGCUCAAGUGGUGAACCCAAAAAGGAGAUGAAGUUUGUGUUGGCAAAGAAUCUAGAGAAGCCCAAGGUUGAGAUCCCUACUAUUGAGAAGAAAGACAUUAGUCCAAAACUAAAGCUAAAAGGGAAGUCAUUGCCUAAGAACCAAAAGGGACCUCAGGUGAAGCAUUUUUGUCAUCAUUGUCGAGUUCGAGGACACACAAGACCAAAUUACUUUAAGCUUUAUGCUCUCAAAAGGGUUGACUUUCUGCGUGAUCAAGGAAAUUCAAGAAGAAUGCCAAGGGGAAACCAAGCUAAAGGAGAAAAUGAGGGUUAA